GCAUGCGACAUGUGCAGGAAAAAGAAGAUCAAGUGCGAUGGCAAGACGCCAAACUGCACCCACUGCCAGAACUACAAGACGGAAUGCAUAUUUACGCAGGUGGAGAAGAAGCGACAGCCUCCAAAAGGAGCAAAGUACAUAGAAGGUCUCGAGAAUCGCCUAGCCCGCAUGGAGUCGCUCAUCAGGCUGUCCGGGAUAUUGCCUGAGGACGACGAUGGCCGAACCGAUCUGGGAACCCUGGAGAAGCGGCUUGCGGACAAGACCGGCCACCACAACGGCACCCCCGAGCCGUCGCGAAACUCGGACGCACAGAGUUCGACGUCUCGCCAUAACGGAUUCACGUCGCAUCGGAGCACACCAAUCCAGCCUGGACUGCCCAGUCCGGCCAGCGGCAUGACGUCGCCGGAGCCGGCCAAAAUAACAACAGAGACCAAUGGCGAGGACGAUGCGCUGGCCGAAAUGAUGUGCUCACUGGUGACGAACAACUGUGGUGAGACUCGCUAUAUUGGCUCUUCCUCGGGUUUCUCCAUUUUCUCCCCAAAAGGCAUACAAUGGGUGAACGACAAGACCGGAGACACAUCAUUCCAGGAGAUGAUCUCCACAGCUGCCGUAGAUGACAACAAAUGGAUCCAUUGGAAACCGGACGUCUUCCGCGACAUAUUUUCACGGCGCGUUUAUAAGCAACUCCCUCCAAAGAACGAGGCGCUAUCGUUGCUGAAGGACUACUUCGAGAACUUCAACUGCAUGUUCCCGUUAUUCCACGAACCGACUUUUAUGCAUCUCGUCGAUAAGCACUACUCACGGGAUCCUUACGAGGGCUCAGGCUGGUGGGCGAGUUUGAACGUUGCUCUGGCAAUAGCUCAUAGACUCCGCGUUAUGAGUAAUCUGGUUCCACAGGAGGAGGACCAAAAAGCGUGGGGCUAUCUGAAGAAUGCCCUUGCAGUGCAGACAGAACUCACCAUGCGCAACACAGACUUACUGAGCGUGCAAGCUCUUCUUGGCAUGGCCCUCUUCUUGCAGGGCACACCGAAUCCACAGCCAUCGUUCUUUUUUGUGGCUGCUGCUAUUCGUCUUUCUCAUAGCAUAGGCUUGCAUAAGCGAGGAUCAGGAUUCAAUCUCAACCCGUCCGAGAUUGAGCAACGUAAAAGAGUGUUCUGGAUAGCGUACAUGCUUGAUAGAGACAUCUGCCUGCGAUCGGGACGACCCCCAAUACAAGAUGACGAUGACAUGAAUGUAGAUCUCCCUAGUGAGGACCCCCCAGACAACAUCGGAAACAUCCCUCUCGCCAAUGGCAAAGGGAAGUUGAAUCUAUUCCGCCUGCUCUGUACCUUCGCUUGUAUCGAGAGCAAAGUAUAUAAACAGCUCUAUUCAGUGAAAGCGUCUAAACAGUCUGAUGGAGAGCUGCUCAACACUAUCGGCGAGCUUGAUAAGGAGUUGGAAAGCUGGAAAGACGCGAUACCCAUCGACUUUCGACCAGAACACGAAAUCAAAGCGAGUCAUACGCCACUCAUUUUGCACGUCGUGGUACUGCAUUUUGCAUACUACAAUUGCCUCACAACGAUACAUCGCAUGAGCGUGCAUCAUGGGUACUGGACUAGCCGCUUAUCGAAUUUCGCUAUCCAAGGACUCAAUGCGCGUCCUCUCAACCCAAGAGUAUUCUCGUCCGCUACGUUAUGCGUACAGGCUGCGCGGGCAUCCAUCCAUCUCAUUAAAUACAUCCCGAAAGGCGAUUACGCUUGUGUCUGGUUGAUCAUCUACUACCCUGUAUCGGCACUAGUAACGCUUUUCGCCAACAUUCUGCAAAAUCCUCAAGACACUCGGGCGCGAUCAGAUCUACGAUUGAUGAAUUUGGUCGUUGGGUUCCUGAGCCUAUUGUGCACUGAUGAAGAAAACGGUAGUGUCCGAAGGAUGCUAAGUGUCUGUGCUGAGUUCGAACGCAUUGCUAAAGUGGUACUGGAGAAGGCAGACAGAGAGAACUCGUCUAGACGAAAGCGCAAACAGGCGACAGACCAGGAUGCGGAGAUCAAUGCCACAGCACAGCAGAUACUGACGCCGGAAUUUCAAAACCGACAGCUCCAGUCGCGAGCUUCACAAGGACCUCCGCAUCAACAACCAGGAUCCCAGACCCCUCUUCCCGGCAUUUCAGGAAAUUUCAAUCCUGAAUUCAACGGCAACUUUGAUGAGCCGUUCCCAUUUUCUCCAGAUUUCACACACGCAAGCCUGAACAACACGGCUAGCCUCCUUGGUGGAUUCUCAUCUCCGUCAACAGCGAGCCAGAUGCUACCGACAAGCACUGCAGGACUUCCGGAUCUCUCGUUUGGAGCCCCGCAAAACCCGAACUCUGGUAACAUGAAUGGUAUUAGUAAUGGCAUGAACCCCAAUGGAACAAUUCAUGAUUCUCUCGACAUGGGCACGUUCCAACAACCUUUUCCGCAGGAUCUAUGGAAGAUGCCAAUGACACUAGAAUGGGAUUGGGCAGAUAUGACGGGCUACUCCGGGUAUGAAGAUGGCAUCUCGAUGAAUGGCGUCCUGCCAGAUUUAGGAGAGGGCGGAAGUAACGGUGUGAACGGGCAAAACCAGAACCCGGGAUGAGCCAUCUCCCUGCUUCUGUGGUGAAAAAGGAGCCCUUUUCAAUUAUGUUUUUUGUAUAUACCUGUUGCUCUUUUGGGAUGAUUUACGCGCUCUCGUCUCGUUUCUAUUCAUACUAGCCAUGACUUUAGGCUUAGGAUCUGUUGUCUGUAUCAUCAUCCUGGGCGUUUUUCAGCGGCGUAGUAUAAUGUUUUAAGUCCAGCGCAUAUUGGUGUACGGAUGUACAAAAUCAGGUAGACUGGAAAAUUUCAGGGC